CCUGUAGGUUGUUUGAUCACUCCCAUUGAAACCAUGGAUUUGCAUCUCUUUGACUACUCGGAACCAGGGAACUUCUCCGACAUCACCUGGUCAUGCAACAGCAGCGAUUGCAUUGUGGUUGACACAGUGAUGUGCCCCAACAUGCCCAACAAAAGCAUCCUGCUCUACACGCUCUCCUUCAUCUACAUUUUCAUCUUUGUCAUCGGCAUGAUCGCCAACUCUGUGGUGGUCUGGGUGAACAUCCAAGCCAAGACCACAGGCUAUGACACACACUGCUACAUCUUGAACCUGGCCAUCGCCGACCUGUGGGUUGUCAUCACCAUCCCUGUCUGGGUGGUCAGCCUUGUGCAGCAUAACCAGUGGCCCAUGGGUGAGCUCACGUGCAAGGUCACGCACCUCAUCUUCUCCAUCAACCUCUUCGGCAGCAUCUUCUUCCUCACGUGCAUGAGUGUGGACCGCUAUCUCUCCAUCACCUACUUUACCAACACCUCGAGCAGCAAGAAGAAGAUGGUACGCCGUGUUGUCUGCGUCCUGGUGUGGCUGCUGGCCUUCUGCGUGUCCCUGCCCGACACCUACUACCUGAAGACCGUCACGUCUGCAUCUAACAACGAGACCUACUGCCGGUCUUUCUACCCUGAGCACAGCAUCAAGGAGUGGCUGAUUGGCAUGGAGCUGGUUUCUGUCAUCUUGGGCUUUGCUGUUCCUUUCUCCAUCAUCGCUGUCUUCUACUUCCUGCUGGCCAGAGCCAUCUCAGCGUCUGGUGACCAGGAGAAGCACAGCAGCCGGAAGAUCAUCUUCUCCUAUGUGAUAGUCUUCCUCGUCUGCUGGCUCCCCUACCAUGUCGCGGUGCUGCUGGACAUUUUCUCCAUUCUGCACUACAUCCCUUUCACCUGCCAGCUGGAGUAUGCCCUCUUCACAGCCCUGCACGUCACGCAGUGCCUGUCUCUGGUGCACUGCUGCGUCAACCCUGUACUCUACAGCUUUAUCAAUCGCAACUACAGGUACGAGCUGAUGAAGGCCUUCAUCUUUAAGUACUCGGCCAAAACAGGCCUCACCAAGCUCAUCGAUGCCUCCAGAGUCUCAGAAACGGAGUACUCUGCUUUGGAGCAAAACACCAAAUGAUCUGUUCUGCAUAGGCUCUGGGACAUGGGUACUUGUUUUGAGCAAGGCAUUGGGCUGCAUGAUUUUCUAGAGUUAAAGCAAGGUAGCUUCGGUUCUUGAUGCUCGAGUAGCCUGAGUAGGAGAGGGUGUGUUCAUUGUGCAACCUUCCUCUCUUUCUCUUGCCGAUGCAGCUGUCACUUGGCUGUGUGUUCCGGCAGUUUUGCAACAGGCAGAGCCAUGUCGUGCAGCCGUGCUGUGUGUUAAAGCCAGUUUCAGGGCAGGUUUGCCUGGACUUCUGUAAAAAUAGGAUUUUAUCUGUGUUUCCUGAAUUUUUUUAUAUGAUUUGUAUUUAAAUUUUGAGACUUUAUUUUCUCACUAUUGAUGUACCUUAUAAAUGUAUUUGAAAGUGAAAUAUAUUUUAAAUAUUGUAUGGGAGGUAUAGUGCUGACAUAUAUUCAGAGUGUUGUAGUUUUAAGAGUAGUUUGACUCCAGUUUUGACUAAGGAUGACAUUAAUUGUUAGCUGUUUUGAAAUUUUAUAUAUAUAUAUAUAUAUAUAUAUAUAUAUAUAAAUAUAUGCCAGUCUUGGCUGAAAUGUUUUAUUUACUAUAGUUUUAUAUCUGUGUGGUGUUUUGUACCAGCACGGGAUAUGGAACACAAACUGCUCUUUAAUGCAGUUUGUGACAUUAAUAGUAUUGUAAAGUGACAAUAAAAAAAACAACAACAAACAACUGUUCUAGACUGCAAAUCUGUGCACAAAACGAACAGUCGGAUUUCAGAAAGUUCUGUCAAUUUGUAAGUUAUUUUUUUUAAUAAAGAUUUUUUUUUCCUAAAAAUGCA